UCAGUCCCAUCUUACUCCCUAAAUUGGCUGAGCAUGCAUGUCGUGUGCUCAUACAACAACUCAUUCACUCCCUGGUAGAGGUGCCUUCUGGUGCUGCGAUGACAUCGAUCCCGCACACGCAAAAUUUUACUGCCCGCCAUCUCAACUCCACCCUUCCAACAUCAUGACCACGAACGCCGCUACGUCCAAACUCCUCGCCUGGUGACACUACUUAAACACGCCCAACCCCUGAGGAUUCGUCCCGCGGAAUGGCGCCCCGGAGCUUUACGUUGGCCACGUACUCCAAUCUCGGUCUCCCACCGAAUUCGUACAUCUACAAAAUAACCUCGACCUCGCAACGCCAAGACCCUCUAACAUACUCGCGAACCGAUGAACUGGCUGUCAUAUCAUCCGAUGACUCGCUCCGAUUUCUUGAUCCGGAAACCCUUAAUGCCCUGCCCAACGGCGUCGUCAAAGACGUAAACGAAAAGGUCACGUGUCUUGAGCGCGUCAACGAUUCUUCCAGCCAUUUUGUGGCUACUGCGGGAAGAGAUGGCCUAGUCAAGCUCCGCGAUAAGAGGAGCAGAGAAGAGGUGAUGUUGAUUCAGAGCCCACACAAACUGAUCUCAUCGCUCGUGUGCGAUUACCAGAAGAACUUCGUGGCAGCAGGCAUCGAGAAUCCGGACGACGGGCCCGGUGUUUCUCCAGUCUACGUAUGGGAUACGCGCAACGUCCAGAGACCAUUGCGCGAGUUCGUCGAGUCGCAUACGGAUACCAUGACCGACUUGCAGCUCCAUCCCACCCUUCCAACCCUCCUCCUAUCAGCAAGUACAGAUGGGCUUAUCAACAUCUUCGACACGAGUAAAGCGGACGAGGAAGAUGCACUCUACCAGGUCAUUAAUCAUCGAUCAGCAGUCGCGCGGGCUGGUUUUAUGUAUCCGACAACGGACGUAUACGCGAUGGGUACCGAUGAAACGCUCAGCUUCUACGCUCUGCAGAACCAGGAAGAAGAGAAGGAGGAGCCAGCGCCGAAAGCCUUUGGCGAUGUGAGGGAGCCACUGGGCUGCGACUAUCUUGCUAAGAUGCAUUGGAUGGGAGGCGAAGCUUAUAUUGCGGCUGGGAAGCAUAGAACCAGGUCUUUUGAGCUCUUCCCCGUCCAGAAGGGGCAAGUAGGGCCACUUGAUUACACAUACAACUCUGCAAGGAGCAUUCGGCUACCAGGCGCUCAUGGCGAGGAGAUUGUCCGCGACCUCUUCAGUGACAUUCAUAACCACACGACGUACACUUGCGGCGAAGACGGUUUCGUCCGGGCAUGGAAGUCACAAAGCGACGACACAAUGGAGGUAGACGAAGCGGACGAGCUGAAGCAAAAGUCUCAAGACAAGAAGGAGAGGCGGAAAGAAAAGAAAGACAAGCAGAGAGGAGAUAAGGAAGGGAAGAAAGGCAGAUACAAGCCAUACUAAGGGGACCAACAAGCCUAAUCGCCGAUUUCUCGCGUCCGCCACUUUCCGCGCAUUCACGGUCUUCUCCGACAUCUUCCCGCUUCAAAUAAUUCAUCACACCCGGCUUCGAGGAUUAUAUUAUUUCUGAAUGGACUGCUUCUGAUCACAAUGGCCUAUUUUUGUUCUACAACUACCCCCUCAGCUAAAGCUGACGUAUCUUUUCUCCACUCCUCCUC